CAGGAGGUGGUGCUGAAGGGACAGCGCCCUCGCCCUGCCUUCCUCCUCCUCCUCCUCCUCCUUCUCCUCCUUCUCCUCCUUCGCCCUGGCCCUUCCUGCUGGUGCUGGUGCCGGGCCGGUGGUUCCUGGUGGAGGAGCAGGAGCAGCACCAUGAGCCCGGGCGCCCCGCCUGCCGCCGCCCCGUCCCCGCCCGGGCCCGCCUCGCUGCCGCUGCUGCCUCCUGCUCCUCCUGCUCGUGCUUCUCCUCCUGCUCCUCCCGCUGCUCCUGCUUCUCCUCCUCCUUCUGGGGCGCCGGGAGCAUGAAGCGGCAGAACGUGCGGACGCUGGCCCUGAUCCUGUGCACCUUCACCUACCUGCUGGUGGGCGCCGCCGUCUUCGACGCGCUGGAGUCCGAGGCCGAGACGGCGGAGCGGCGGAGGCUGGUGGCGAGGCAGGAGGAGCUGCGCAGCAAGUACAACCUCUCCGAGGCCAACUACUGCGAGCUCGAGGGCGUCGUGCUCCGCCUCAAGCCCCACAAGGCCGGCGUCCAGUGGAAGUUCGCCGGGUCCUUCUACUUCGCCAUCACCGUCAUCACCACCAUCGGGUACGGCCACGCAGCCCCCAGUACCGAUGGUGGCAAGGUCUUCUGCAUGUUCUACGCCCUCCUGGGUAUCCCUCUCACCCUGGUCAUGUUCCAGAGCCUGGGCGAGCGGAUCAACACCUUCGUGAGGUACCUCCUCCACCGGAUCAAGAAGUGCCUUGGCAUGCGGCGGCCAGAGGUCUCCAUGGCCAACAUGGUGACCAUCGGCUUCUUCUCCUGCCUCAGCACCCUCUGCAUCGGUGCUGCGGCGUUCUCCUACUACGAGAACUGGACCUUCUUCCAGGCCUACUACUACUGCUUCAUCACCCUCACCACCAUCGGCUUUGGGGACUACGUGGCCCUCCAGAAGGAGCAGGCUCUACAGACCAAGCCCCAGUACGUGGCCUUCAGCUUCAUCUAUAUCUUGACCGGGCUGACCGUGAUUGGGGCCUUCCUCAACCUGGUGGUGUUGCGCUUCAUGACCAUGAACGCUGAGGAUGAGAAGCGGGAUGCUGAGCACCGGGCUCUGCUCACCCACAACGGCCAGGCCAGCAGCAUUCACACUACGGACACCACCGCUUCCUCGACCGCCGCCGCGCUGGGAGGCAUUGGAAGCUCCAGCGUUGGCUGUGGAGGCGGCGGAGGCCGAGGAGGCCUGCGCAACGUCUAUGCCGAGGUCCUCCACUUCCAGUCCAUGUGCUCCUGCCUUUGGUACAAGAGCCGGGAGAAGCUGCAGUACUCCAUCCCCAUGAUUAUCCCCAGAGACCUCUCCACCUCGGACACCUGCAUGGAGCAGAGCCAUUCGUCCCCGGGCCAUUACCCGGAGACGCCCUCCAACCGAUGCUUCUGCAACGCCCGGCGCUCGGCCAUCAGCUCCGUCUCCACGGGGCUCCACAGCCUCUCCGCCUUCCAGGGACUCAUGAAGCGACGGAGCUCCGUGUAACGGAAGAGGGGAACCGCCUCUCGCAGCCCUGAAAGCGGGGGAAGAGCCCCGUUCCUUUUACGGCAAAGGGAAGGAAGGGAUGGAGGCCGCAGGAGAUGGUGGGAAGAGCGGGGCCACAACCAGACUCAGCAUUUGCACUGAUAUCGACACAGAGGAACAAGGGAGGUGGUUGAGGCAUGGGUUGGUGUCCAUACAAAGGGGGAAACAAGGGAGCCAUAGCUAUAAGUGUUCCCCUGCAGUUUGGUGAAGGAGAAAUGAGAGGUAGGUCCUCCAGAUGGUCAGCAUUGGGAUGGGAACCUCCAGCUGAGAUGCCCAUUUGGGGCAGUGGACCUUUUUUUUGGUUUUACAGCAACUCUGCUAUCAAUGAAGCUUGAAAACAAUCCAUUUUUGCACCCUCACAGGGGCGUUGUUGGGGUGUCGGUGGCAGGUUUGAGGUGGCUCUUUCAGCACCUCGACGUGGACCCACAGAAGGUGGGCUAUUCUUCCAGUUUUUCGGAUCCUGGCCAUUUCAAUGGCAAUGCUUCUCUUCCCUUUCCUGUCACUGGUCGUAGGGGAAACUGUGCAUUGAAACUUGUCUCCGCACACAGUGAAAAGAUUGGCUUCGGCGACUGGAUGGUCACUCAGCGAAAAUGCUGCCUUCUAUGCAUUGUGGUCCGCUCAUAAGUGACACUCGCCACAAGGGCCCCUGCCCGAUUGCUUCCCUAUGUUUGUGUGAAUGUGUAUAUAUGCAACCAAGGGGCACUUGGCUCCGCUGCACCACUGAAAUAGUUGCACAGGGGUAUGCCCGCACUUUGGAAACACCCACAAAUCCCAUUGUAUGGAUCCCAAAGUCCAUGGCCAACCCUCUCCUGCUUCUCUAUUGGGUCUUCCGUUCCAUUCUGCUUCUUCCCAACAGAGUUGUGGAUGCUGAAAAGGGGGAAAGGAAGGGGCCUGAGGCUGUUAGGAAUUGUGGGAGUUGGAGUCCAAAACAUUUGGAGGGCUGAAGUUUACCCAUGUCUGGCAUAGAUGCACCAAUUGGUACGUAUUCUGCCCUUCAAAACAGGGUCAGAAGUGGAGAAAUAGGACAAAUAGGAUUUCCUUGAAGAAUGUUCCAAAGGUAUAUGGCUACCAUUGCCCUGCCGUGGGCAACCUGGGAUGAUGUGCGGGCAUAGCAUCUUCGGGGGUUGUAUCCAAUUCUCUUAAGGUGCAUCUACACGAGGCAUUGGCAAACUUUGGCCCUUCAGGUGUUUUGGACUUCAACUCCCAUCAUUCCUAACAGCCUCAGGCCCCUUCCUUUACCCCCUGAGCCUGUUAGGAAUUGUGGGAGUUGGAGUCCAAAACACUUGGAGGGCUGAAGUUUACCCAUGUCUGGCAUAGAUGCACCAAUUGGUACAUAUUCUGCCCUUCAAAACAGGGUCAGAAGUGGAGAAAUAGGACAAAUAGGAUUUCUUUGCAGAAUGUUCCAAAGGUAUAUGGCUACCAUUGCCCUGCCGUGGGCAACCUGGGAUGAUGUGCAGGCAUAGCAUCUUCAGGGGUUUGUAUCCAGUUCUCUUAAGAUGCAUCUACACUAGGCAUUGGCAAACUUUAGUCCUUCAGGUGUUUUGGACUUCAACUCCCAUAACUCCUAACAGCCUCAGGCCCCUUCCUUUACCCCCUGAGGCUGUUAGGAAUUGUGGGAGUUGAAGUCCAAAACACCUGCAGGGCCAAAGUUUGCCCAUGCCGGAUCUACACUGUCAAAUUAAGGCAGUUUGGCACCACAUAAUAAUAAUAAUAAUAAUAAUAAUAAUAAUAAUAAUAAUAAUAAUAGCAGGAUUGCAGAGAAACAACUGGAAAAACUGACACGGUAUGAGGAUUUAAAAAUUGAACUGCAAAGACUCUGGCACAAACCAGUAAAUGUGAUCUCAGUGGUGAUCGGCACACUGGGUGCAGUACCUAAAGACCUUGGCCUGCACUUAAACACAAUUGGCGCUGACAAGAUUACCAUCUGCCAGCUGCAAAAGGCCACCCUACUGGGAUCUGUAUGCAUUAUUCACCAAUACAUCACACAGUCCUAGGCACUUAGGAAGGGUCCGACGUGUGAUCCAAUACAACAGCCAGCAGAGUGUCUGCUGUGGACUCAUCUUGUUGAGUUUCAAAUAAUAAUAAAUACUUUAUUUAUAUUCUGCCUUCUCAACCCGAAGGGGACUCCGGGCGGAUCACAGUACAAAUAACACGACAAACAUUCAAUGCUGCUUUUGUAUAGACAAUACACAGACAGACAGAACAGAAAGGAGGUGUUGUUGACUCAAUGUCCAGCUGUUUUAUUUAUUUAUUUUUUUGGUGCCAAGGAAGGUGAGUCCAGCCACAGGGGGUGCUGUUGCUCCAUUCUGUAUGACGAAGAGCCGUUAGGACUUCCUCCUUUUGGUCAACCAGCAUCUUCUUUCUUUAUGGUGUCGUAAAACACCUCCCCCGCUUUUAGCGGUACCUAAUUUCCCUAAUUACAGUGUUUUCAAACUGCUUAGGUAAACAGUGAGCAGGGCUGACAGUCACUGCUCACGCCGACCCGGGGCUUCAAACUUGCAACGAUCUUCUAGUUUGGUGAGGUCUCAGCACUGAUUGGUGGUAAACACAUGGAAGUAGAAGUGGUUCUGGCCAUGAAAGCCUUCGACAAUACAUUGAUCUUCUAGUUGCUGGUGAUUCAUCAGCUGUGCUAAACCUUCGACAUUCACUGCCAUGGCUCAAGGAUAUAGAAUACUGGGAGUUGUAGUUCGGUGUGGAGCCAACACUCUUUGGCAGAGAAGGCUUUGGACCUUGCAAAAUUAUAACCAUCAUGGUUGCACAGCAUUGAGUCAUGGAAGUUAAAGUGGUGCCAAACUGCAUCAAUUCUGCAGUGUAGAUGGAAGCCUAGGGGUGGCAGGUUUGGAAAGGUGAAGGUAGGGCAGAGACAUAGCUAUUGGGGGGGGGGGACAUGGUCAUCUGAAGCCCCCCAUUCAAAGUCUGAAGCCCAAACGAAUCAUUUCCUUCACCUCCCAAACCUCUAGCAUUGCAAUACAGGCCUAGGGAUGGCAGGUUUGGAAAGGCGAAGGUAGCGCAGAGUUAAAGUGGUGCCAAACUGCAUCAAUUCUGCAGUGUAGAUGCAGGCUUAGGUGUGGCAGGUUUGGAAAGGUGAAGCCAGGGCAGAGGUAUAGCUAUGGGUGGAAAGGUGUGGUCAUCUGAAGCCCCCCAUUCUAAGUCUGAAGCCCAAACGAAACAUUUUCUUCACUUCCCAAACCUCUAGCAUUACAACAAUUUACAAGUUCAGGCGAGUAUUUGGAGUAAUAUAGUUUCAGCCUCCAAAGUACCAAUACAUUUAGGCAUGAAUGAAUUUCAAUUCCCCCUUUUCUGCAGUGCUACAAACAGAGGGAAAAUCCAAUGGAGGGGAGGCAGUGUUUGUAUUUGGAGAGCGAUGCACCUGCACUGUGUAAUGAAUGCAGUCUGACCCCACUUCUACUUCCAUGUGUUUACCACCAAUCAGUGCUGAGACCUCACCAAACUACAACUCCCAGAAUCCCACGACAUUGAGACUUGGUGUUUACAGUGGUGCCAAACUGCAUUCAUUGGAUUGCAUAGAUCAGGCAUGGGUAAACUUGGGCCCUCCAGGUGUUUUGGACUCCAACUCCCAGAAUUCCUAACAGCCUCAGGCCCCUUCCUUUCCCCCCUCAGCCGCUUAAGCGGCUGAGGGGGGAAAGGAAGGGGCCUGAGGCUGUUAGGAAUUCUGGGAGUUGGAGUCCAAAACACCUGGAGGGCCCAAGUUUACCCAUGCCAAGCAUAGAUGCACCAAUUGGUUCAUAUUCUGCUCUUCAAAACAGGGUCAGAAUUGGAAAAAUAGGACAAAAUUCCCUAUGUAUUUUGUGUGUUUUCGACACUUUCUCAUGCAAAAGUGAAUGGCUGCUCCUGCAGGCUUUCAGGAGAGAUAAUUCACCUAUUAAUACCUUGGGUCACCAAGAAAUAAUUAAUUUAUUAUAAUUAAUUCAUUCCUUGGGUCACCAAGAAAAAUGUAAACACCUUUGAAGAGCCAGCUGUAUGUAUCCAUUUGCAGCCCCCCUUUUUGCACCCUGGAUUUAAGCAAAAGCUUCCAAACUUCCUUAGGCUGUUCUGUAUGUUUUGGAAAGCCGUGGCAUCUAUGCAAACCAGUGGGAGAGUCUCAACUCCGGGCCAUCCUGAUCCAGAAAGGUUUGCUCCUCCAAAACCCUUGGAAACCUAUCUCCCCUUCCCCUUUUUUAGCUCCUUUGGACAAGGAAAAUGUAUCAAGAGAUUGCAUUAUUUGCUGCUGUAAUUCUCAGGCUUUAAAAAAAAUGAUAUCCAA